AUGAAGAAGGCUCAGGACGGUCAGAAGAAGUACGCAGACCAGUCAAGAAGAGAGAAAGGGAAUGACAGAUUUGGCAAGGUCGGGAAACUUGCGCUCAGGUUCAUUGGCCCGUACAAGAUCAUCAGGAAAGUUGGUGAGGUAGCUUACCGUUUGGAUUUGCCAGAUGAUAUGCGUCUACAUCAUGUAUUUCAUGUUUCCAUGCUUCGGAAACAUAUACGGGAUCCAAGUACUGUUGAACCCGAGAGACUAGAGGAGUUGAGGACAAACCUUACGUAUCUGGAAGGACCCAUCAGAUUGGGAGAACGGCGUAUUCGGAAGCUGAAGAAUCGUGAGAUUGCUCAAGUACAAGUGUUCUGGGGAAGACAAAACAGGAUUCAUGUUACUUGGGAAGAUGAAGCACGAUAUAAAACCGAUCACCCUGAGUUCUUCUGA